UAAAAUGGGCGGCGGAGGAAGCCGGCGGGCCGUGAAAUGGGCCGCGGAUAAUCUAUUGGCCAAGUCCCAGAGAUUUGUGUUGGUCCACGUCAUCCCCACCAUCACCUCCAUCCCCACCCCUUCGGGUGAGAGGCUACCGGUGGAGGAAGUGGAGGAGAGAGUGGUGGAGAUGUACGUGCGAGACCUUAAACAAGAGUUUGAACAAGUCUUUCUCCCCUUCAUGAAGAUUUGCAAGAACAGCCCCAAGGUGGAAACUCUGCUGUUGGAGCAUGACGACCCUGCCAUGGGCCUCCUAAGAUUCAUAUACAAAUCCAAGCUUAACAGUUUGGUCAUGGGAUCUUUCUCUCCCAAUCUAUUCACAUGGAUGAAGGGACAAGGAAUACCUUCGACCGUUCUGAGAUACGCUCCAGAGACAUGUGAAGUCUACAUUGUAUGUAAAGACAGGAUCACCACAAAAUCCACUGAUCCAAUAAUGACAGGAGAGCCUUGCGCAAGCCCGAGCGUAUUGAACACGGAAUUUCGGAACAAGGGCACGACUCUCUUCAAUGGAUUGCCGUCUCCAACUCAAGCUUCCACGGGAGAAAUAGUCGAGGGGGCGACUAGGCGGUCCAUUUCGGCGAAAGAGCUUUCGAUAGAGCCGUUGAGCCUGACAUAUAAAUCCGAGGCUAACAGUCCGACUUCGGUAAGUCCAGUACUGUUCAAGCGACGUACUGGAUCCGAGAUUCCGCAGUGUAACUAUGCCGAUUAUAAGGCCUGUACAGAACUUCAACCGGCUCUUGUCGUUAGCGUUGAUAGAAAGAGCAAUGCCGGUACCCGGACCAAACCUGAAUGCCCCCUAGUGAAGCCACUCAAGCCUAUCACGACCCAGAGGAAAGACAAGAAGGAUGGAAUUCACGUGGAGGUUGAGCGUCUGAAGAAGGAGCUGCAGAAUACAGUUGCGAAAUAUAAACAAGCUUGUGAAGAACUUGUCUCUACCCAAAACAAGGUGCAGAUGCUGUCAUCGGAAUGCUUGGAAGAAGCGAAGAGAGUAAAUUCGGCUCUGGAGAAAGAAGAGACGCUGAGGAAAGAGGCGGCGAAAGAGAAAGAACGCCAUAUGAAGGCCAUGCAAGAAGUGGAGGCGGCCAAAGCAUUGCUCGCUAAAGAGUUCUGUCAGCGUCAGAUCGCUGAGGUGAAUGCGCUUAAACAGUAUUUGGAGAAGAAGAAAGUGAUCGAUCAGUUGUUAUGGACCGAUCACCGGUACAGAAAGUACAAUGUCGAAGAGAUCGAGAGGGCGACGGAUAGAUUCUCGCCCGAGAAAGUGAUCGGAGAAGGAGGGUACGGAAAAGUUUACCGUUGUACCCUCGACAGUACGCCCGUUGCUGUCAAGGCUCUCAGGCUAGAUACGCCUGAGAAGAAGCAAGAGUUCUUAAAAGAGGUUGAGGUGCUGAGCCAGCUUCGACACCCACAUGUGGUUCUGCUCCUAGGAGCUUGUCCUGAGAAUGGUUGUUUGGUCUACGAGUACUUGGAAAAUGGAAGCCUUGAGGAGUAUAUAUACCACCGGAAAAAUAAACCGCCUUUGCCUUGGUUUAUCCGGUUUAGGGUGAUUUUCGAAAUCGCUUGCGGUUUAGCCUUCUUGCAUAACUCUAAACCGGAACCAAUUGUCCACCGGGACCUUAAACCGGCCAACAUAUUAUUAAACCGGAACUAUGUGAGCAAGAUUGCGGAUGUUGGGCUAGCCAAAUUGGUAACCAAUGUUAUACCGGACGAUGUCACCACGUUCCGGCAUUCGGUUUUGGCCGGUACACUGCAUUAUAUCGACCCAGAAUACCAUAGAACCGGAACAAUUAGACCGAAAUCGGAUCUUUACGCUUUCGGUAUAGUAAUCCUCCAACUGUUAACGGCUCGUCCACCGGGCGGUCUUCUAUCUGUGGUCGAGAACGCGGUUAAGAAAGGGACGUUAACCGAGAUUUUGGAUAAGUCAGUAACCGAUUGGCCGUUAACCGAAACUGAAGAAUUAGUCCGGUUCGGUUUAAAGUGUUCUGAAAUCCGGUGUCGAGAUAGACCGGAUCUUGAGAAAGAGGUCAUACCGGUAUUGAAACGGCUGGUGGAUACGGCGAAUUUGAAGAUGAAGAACGGGAGAAGCAGUUUACGUGCACCAAGCCAUUACUUUUGCCCAAUUCUACGGGAGAUGAUGGGGGAUCCACAGAUUGCAGCAGAUGGGUUCACGUACGAGAAGAAAGCGAUCUUAGCGUGGUUGGAGAAACACAACAUAUCUCCGGUGACGAGGCAAAAGCUGAAGCAUUUCCAGCUAACUCCCAACCACACCCUGCGUUCUGCGAUUCGCGAUUGGAAAUCGCGACUCGCGUUUUCUAACGCUAUGAUCAAUAUUGACGAUUGAGUUUUUUUUUUUUCCGAAUCGAAUGUAAAUAUAAUAUAUUAUGAAGUGAAGCGAUAGAGUAAUGGUAUCGUUAAGGUGAGUGUGGCAAUGUUCACGUUGCCUUUGCUUGUUACAUGUUUUGCA